AUGGCUCCAGUGAAGUGUUCAAGUUCUCCACCCACCUCAACAAAGAAGUUUCGUGAUAUUCCAGUUGGUCCCAUGCCACCAGCCACCCCAAAGUUCGCUUAUGGCUUUGUUACACUUCAGAAGGUUGGCAACAUUAGCAGCUUGUUGGAUACGCUGUCACCUCAAGGUCCAGUACAAUCUCAAUAUCUUUUGACAUUUGAGGAGAUUAAACAGUACUAUGGCUUCAUGCUUUACCGAACGACACUGCCACGGAAUGUUCCCGAGCCGACCCCUCUCAUCUCGCCCCUCAAUGGCAUCCAUGAUCGUGCAUACGUCUCUGUGAAUGGGGUGUACCAGGGGCUUAUGGAGAGGGACACUGCACUGGUGAUGAACGUUACGGGACAAGAAGGGGAUCAGUUGGACAUACUCGUGGAGAACAUGGGAAGGGUUCAUUUUGGAAGUUAUAUCAAUGAUAAUAAGGGUCUCUUGGGUAACCUCAUUUUGGGCAAUGACGUGCUCACCGAUUGGUCAAUCUACCCACUGGACAUUGACACCGCAGUAGCUAAUGGCUGGCUGCAGGCGGCUCACUCAGGGUCAGGGAUAGAAGCAGGAGAUGGACCAAUGAUCUACUCAGGAACCUUGAAGCCUACAGGCCUCGCAUGGGACACUUUUGUAAAACUCAAUGGAUGGACUAAGGGUCAGGUGUGGGUAAAUGGGGUGAACCUGGGAAGGUAUUGGCCCCAGAGGGGCCCACAACAGACGCUGUAUGUCCCCAGACCUUUUCUUAGUGCCACUCAGCCAAACAACAUCACAGUGCUAGAGCUGGAAAGAGCUCCAUCGCACAGAAGAAUCCUGUUUAUGGACCGGCCUCAGCUGAACAGCACUGGACAGAAGACAUGAUCAUAUACUCUAACAGUGCCAGUGAAAGGACUCUCGCUGUUCUGCAAACAACCAGUAUCUGCACAGCUCCAUCAUCUCUGCUCAAAUCUUUGAAGUAUUACAAAGAAAUACACGAAAGUAGCCACCAUAAUGCAUAAUAAUACACUCAUUUUUGCCCGAUUUGCCCAAUUUACUGGUCAGUUUAUUUCUUAAGAAAUGGUAAAAAUGCUAACAUUUUUCCACACCAAGGCCCUGAAGUUAAUUUUAGUACUGACAAAUCUAAGAAGUCAAGACCUUGAUGCACAUUAAAGUUUCUCUGAUUCAAAAGAAGAUUAUUUAAAUCUCAUUUAAGUCUCAUAAUUAUUCAAUGUUUUUGUGGGGCAGGCAUGAUGUAA